CGGGGAAAAUGUUACGCAUCACUCUGUUAUGCGCUCUCGCCAUUUUCUUUCCAGUUUCACAUGGGAACGAAUUUGAAGGUCUUUCAGAAAUAAGAGAUGUUACCGAAGUUGACUGGACACAAUUGACGGAAUUCAAAUUGAGAACGAAAAGAGGAGUAUGUAAGGACGAAAGUGCAUACUGCGGUUCAUAUAAGAGUUAUUGUAACCAUCCGUCGUACAAAGGUUAUCUGAAGGACAACUGCAAAAUGACUUGUAACUAUUGUGGAAAAGAAUGCGCUGACUUGAUGGACUGUGAAAUAUACAGAAACUAUUGUAACCAUAAAGACUACCACACCUCGCUGAAAUAUUAUUGUAAAGCCACUUGCA